CCCCGCCCCGCCCGCACUAGAUCUUUGUCGUCCAGCGAGCGAUUGGUCAAUUGAUUAAUCAAUUCAUUCAUAAGCCGCUCUAAGCCGAAGGCCUAUUCAGUCGCUAGCCAGGCCUGAAUAAGGGCCAGGCCAUGGCCAUUGGGUUGCUGGAUGUCUAACCAAAAGCGUUCGGGCCGGGGACUCCGUGCGAGUCUAAUUGCGAGGGGAGACAGUUCGCCCGGAGUCUUGGCCGUGGGGCUCUUGUUGGAUAAUUGACAUAGUCCUCUAUCGUAGCAUUAACCCACAGUUCCUGGCUAAGACACUAUCAUGAUACAGAUCCUUGUUUACGGGUCCGGAGAGUAGCCGUGGUCGAUAAUAUUUCGGGUGGGCCACUGUCUAUUUAUUCUACUUAUUCUGUUUCCCUAACAGUUUCAAGAUUGUCUUCCCCAUCACGUCACAAUUCUUGUUUUUAUUCUUUACUAUGGCUGCUGCUCAGGCGUCUCCAGCCCAGAUUCCUCUGGGGGCCUACAUCUUUCGCCGUCUCCGCAGCAUUGGGGUCCAUCAUAUAUUUGGUUGUCCUGGUGACUUCAAUCUUAACCUUCUAGACCAUCUAUACACCGUUGAGGAUAUCAACUGGAUUGGGACUUGCAAUGAGCUAAACGGUGCAUAUGCUGCCGAUGGCUACGCCCGUGUUCGUGGAAUUCCAGGUGUGCUUGUGACAACCUAUGGAGUUGGCGAGCUCUCAGCUAUAAAUGGUAUUUCCGGGGCUUAUAGCGAGCACGUACCAAUAAUUCAUAUUGUCGGAACUACUUCCCGGCUUGCUCAGAAAGACCACACAAUGAUUCAUCAUACCUUGGGGGAACAAUGGGACCAUGACACGUUUCAGCAAAUGUCGAAGCCCGUCAGAUCAGCCGCGGCGAAUCUGGUGAACGAUGCAUCCUUUGCAGAAGAUGUGGAUAAGGUGAUCGAGGUUUGUGUCAAAACCCGGAAACCUGUGUACAUCUUUGUCCCAAUGGAUACUCCCGAUAUUUUGAUCAGUUCCGAACGUCUUGAUACACCUCUCGAUCUUGAAAUUACCAAUCCUGGAAAGGAGGAUAUCGAGGCAGAAAUUGUGGAGCUUAUUCUCAACAGGAUGCAAACGGCAGAGAAACCCAGUGUCCUGGUGGACGUUUUUGCUCACAGAUAUGGGCUUGCAAAAGUGAUCACAGAGCUUUUGGAUUUCACUGCUUUCCCUGGAUUCGUGACGCCUCUUUCGAAAUCAAUUCUCGAUGAAACCGGUCCCCAUUACAACGGACUUUACAAUGGUAAACUAACACCAUCGAAGCAAGUCAAGGAUCGAGUGGAAAAUGCAGACUUUCUCCUACACAUAGGACCCUUGCCUUCGGACUCUAAUACUGGUGGAUGGUCUCAGAACUUCAAUGAAAAGGGGCGAAUAAUUCUGCAUCCCGAUUAUAUAUCUAUUUGGGGACGAAGAUGGGAUGGAGUCAACUUUGUCCCAAUCGUGAAAAAGUUACUAGCAGCUGCCAGAGCUAGGAAGACCGAAUUCACGAAGAGCGGUUCCCAAUUUUUGCUGAACAAUAUUCCAUCGUCAAUUCAGAAGAAUGGCAUUGUGAAUGGAAACUCAAAAUUGGCUCUGCGUGGCCCGUUGGAGCAGCAUCACGUCUGGAAGCAAUUCUCUCCAUUCCUCCGAAAGGGUGAUUGUGUUAUUGCAGAAGUUGGAUCCGCACAGUACGGUACGCUGGAUCUCGAGCUGCCGACCGAAGCUGUUUUCUUUACACAGCUCUACUACAGCUGUAUUGGAUUUACCGUUGGUGCUUUACUGGGAGCUCUUGUUGCGCGGAGAGAGCAGGGAAAUAAUGGACGAGUAAUCCUCUUUGUCGGGGAUGGGAGCUUACACAUGACGGUUCAGGAAAUAAGCACUAUUAUUCGAAACAGGUUCAAGCCCACCAUUGUUCUUAUCAACAAUCAGGGCUACACGAUCGAACGUGUCAUCCACGGUCCGGCGCAGCAAUAUAAUGAUAUUUCCGAAAGCUGGGAUUAUCAACAAAUGCUUCACUUUUUCGGCGCACCUAAAGCAUCCAAGUCAUAUAGAGCAGGCACUUAUGAGGAGCUGGAAAGUGUACUCAGGGACCCGGAAUUCAAUUCUAACCAGCACAUUCAGCUUCUAGAAAUCUUUAUGGACAAAUUCGAUUCUCCUUGGAUGUUGACUGAACAGGUCAACAUUAUGCAAGAGAAAUCAUCACUUGCACUGCGAAAGUGGGAUGAGGAGUGUGGAAGAAAAAGACUGGUGCUGGACUCAAAUCUUUUUCGAAGUCAGUACGUGCUGAGCCAAAGUGCAAGCCAGCAGGCUGCAGCCAAGUCGGCGGAGCUGAGACAGUUGGAAAAUGGGUUGGAAUGAUGGAACUUAGAUUGCCCUGUAUUCGAAUAGAGACAUACAGAUAGAUUUAUUUAACUUUGAAAUACUGGCACUGUGGGA